UUCACCUUUUCGGCAACAGAAUAAUCAAACAUGAAGGGAAUGUAAAAGGUAUUUAUAUUUAAAUUGAAUCUUCAAGAUGCAUUAAUUGUUAUCUUGCUGGUUAAAUGGCAACAAGUUGACAACAACUACUUGAACUAUGUUUUGCAUGGGGUGAAAUGAGUGAAUGUAACUUAUAAAGACAGACAGCCCCAAUGCCUUCUCGUAAACAUGAUGAUUGAGUACACAGUUACUGAGUGGAUGUUUUUAGAGUCUUGUCGUCUUUAUUAGAAUGAUGUUGAAUCAGUCAAGUCAAGCCCAGAGGAACCUGAGUGAAGAGGACAACUCUGGAUCUGAUGCAGGGUCAGAGAUCAGCCUAGAACCAGAAACAGACCGCUUUGGCUUCAUCGUGACUAAUGGAUCCGCUGCUGGCAGUGUGGGUCCAUCCCCUGAGCUGGUCAGGCAGAGGGAGGCCAAGUGGAUAAACCUCAUUGGGCAAUGGGAACGCAUCUUAUUGAAGAAGAGCAGUAAGGUCAAGUUGCAGUGUCAGAAAGGAAUUCCUGCCUCUCUCCGAGCAAAGUGCUGGCCUCUCCUCUGUGCAGCGAAUGAAAAGAUGAAACAAAACAAAAAUCUCUAUGAGUCUCUGGACUCACAGCCGGGUUUGCAGAACUGGGUGGAUAUAAUCGAAAGAGACCUGGAUCGACAGUUCCCUUUCCAUGAGAUGUUCCUCUCCAAGGACGGGCAUGGCCAGCGUGGUUUGUUCCGGGUGCUGAAAGCUUACACUCAGUACCAGCCAGAGGAGGGUUACUGCCAGGCACAAGGCCCGGUGGCCGCAGUGCUGCUCAUGAACAUGCCUGCUGAGGAGGCCUUCUGGUGUUUGGUUCAGAUCAGCGAGCAGUACCUGCCUGGUUACUACAGCCCUAUGCUGGAAGGAGUCUUGUUUGAUGCGGCCAUGCUCACCUGGGUUUUGAAGCGGAUGUGCCCCGCCGCACACAAACACUUGCAGCAGCACAAUGUGGAGCCCCUCAUGUUUGCUACAGACUGGCUGAUGUGUCUGUUCACACGUCACCUGCCAUUCAACACACUUCUCCGAGUCUGGGACCUCUUCUUCUGCUAUGGUGUGCGGGUGCUGCUUCAGGUGGCGGUGGUGCUGGUGCGCCGGGUGCUGGGUCGAGCCGAGCAGAGGAAGCAGUGUCAGGGCCAGAUGGAGACUCUGGAGAGGCUGAGGGGCGUCAGAGAGCAAGUCCAGGAGGAAGCUGAGGCCUUCAUAGCAGAGGUGUGCUCUGUGCAACUUUCGUCAAAAGACCUGGAGAAACGAACGGAGAAGGAGUUAGGAAAGUGGAGAAAAGACAGACCCUCAUCCACCUUUGACCCCAGACAUCGCUGCCACGGAUACCGCAUGGCAUGGAUGAAGGUUCAAGAUAAUGAGCAAGAACGGGAGAAGAAAGAGAGGGAAAAAGGAAACCUGGCUGUCCCUCUUGGUCGCUCUGCCUCCACUCUUUCGCUGUCCCCUUCACUCCUUCACAAGAAGUGGAGGAAAGGUGGGAAAGUCAACACAGGUGACUGGGUGAGUGGGAACAAAGUGCAGAGGCAUUUUUCCAUGGGAGGAAAGGAGGACUGGGGAAGCUCUACUGAUUUCAAUUUCAAGAAAGUACAGGACCUCAAGGAAGAGGAAGACAUAAUUUCAGAGCGACACAGAACACAAAACGAGUCAAAAGUGGCAGAAGAGCCUAAGCAAGAUGAACUUUUAGGGGAGCCCAAAACAAAAAACACACCAAUAGAGCACAUAGGACAAAAAGUGAUCGAAGAACAGGCUGAAAAACUGGAUCAGACUCUUGGAAACACUCUCCAGCCCACAGAACUCUCAUCUCCAGGUGAGCAUAAGGAAAGGCUGGAGACAGUCUGUCAGGUACAACUCCCAGAGGACCAAAGUCAUGGAAAUGACACCCAGGAAACUGAGGUCAAAGACAUAAAUGACGAGACGGACCCACCUGUGGAAGACAAGGAACACACAACUGCUGUGGAGGACAACAGCAAUGAGAUACAGGUGGAGGCCCCAGCGGAUAUAAACACAGAGCUGGAGACGAGAGCAAGGGAGGAACCAACGAUACAAUGUGAUAUGAAACCAACGGAAGACACAGAAACUGAAAAUGUGCAACUGCUGCAGGUGGCCACAGUCACAGAGGCGUCAGACACUGAGACUCUGAACUCAGACGGAGACGGGGACAUCGUGGCUUCAACCGUCAAAUACCAAGACCCAACGACAGACACACAACAGGAGCGAGAGGAGCAAAUCACAAAGACUGAGGAAGAUGCAUUUGGGGAAAAACACCACAGCACGGAGUCUUUAGUACAAACAGAGAAGAAAGAAAUGUUACACACUCAAACAAAAACAGAAACUGAUAUAAAGGCAGAGAUUCAGGAACAGACAGAAGAAACUGUAGCUGCAAAGGAUGACAUAACACAAACGAACACAGAAAAACCCAUAGAUUCAGAGUUGGAAGCAAAUGCGGAAGAAAAAACAUUAAUAGAGUCUCCACCUGAUAGCAUCCAACAAAAAGAAGAUACUGACUUGAUCACUGACACAAAGACUGAAGUUUCCCAAGAUGUAAUAAACGAGUCCAAUGAAAAAACAGGAGUUGAGCCUGUGCAUGAAAAAGAAGAAACAGCUGAGAUGGGAAAAAGUGAGGCAUGCAUCUGUGAUCGAACAAAUGUAGAGGAAACACAAGUUGAAGAGGAGACUGCAGACUCUGUCGCUUUAACUCAAGAUGAAGCCCUGAACCACACCACUGAACCUGAACCUGAACCUGAUCACAACAGCAUCUCUGACAUGCAAACACCUGAAUUACCACUGAAUCAGGCCACUUCCGGCAAUGAUGAGGAGGUAAAGCAACCAGAAAAUGUUAAAGGAGACACAGCGGGAGAGGAUGACGUCUUCUUUUCUGCUGAAGGGACAGACAGGACACUUGCUGACAGCAACAAACAAGACCAAGAUGAUGAUCCUGCCUUGAUAAAAGACCCGUCUGAACCUCGUGACAGCAGUUUGGAACAAGCCUGCGGGCAUCGUGGCAGCCGUUCUUCUGGUGAUUUCUGUGUACGCAGGUCUUCAUACUCGCGAGGAUCUAGGAUGACACGUAGGCUUUCUGAAGAUCUUUUCACCACCCCACAGAAGACCGAGCAGUCACAACCCCCUCCUAAUCACCCAGAGUCCCAACAUAGACCAGUAAACGCCGCCGAGACGGCUCCUGAUGUGACCCCAGCUGGGGAAGGGACAAAGGAUGAAGCGAUAAGACAAGCGGAGCAGCCCGACACCGCCAAACGUUUCGGUCUUCUCCGCAAGCUGAGAGGAGAGCAACCGAAAAACACCAAGACAGAGGCGACAGCUAAGAUGCAGGUACCUAAGAUCUUGAUUCAGGACUUCAGCGAUGGGACGGGGGCAGGGAAAACAGUGGACAUGGGGGAGCAGGAAAAACUUAACUCCAAGGAGAGGAGGAAGAAGCGGAGAGACUCCAUGUAA